AUGAAAUACAUUAUUACAAGACAAUUUUCAUUUACGAAUGAAAAAUUUGAAAUUACUAGUAAUUCAAAAGUAGUUUGUACAGUUAAAGCAACAUCUUCAAAAAAUUACAAAGGACAAUUUAAUAUUACAUUAUCAAAUCUUACGAAUAAAAUAAUCGGAAAUGAUUCUUGUAUUGUUGAACCUGAUGAAAAACAAUUACAAAAUUAUUUUAUUUAUUCAAUAAAUCAUCAAACAAAUGAAAAAAUUCUUUUUGGUCAAUUAACUUAUGACUUUUGUAAUUUUAAUGAUUAUCUUUAUACAAUUAUUAUUGGACAAAAAUUAUAUAAUGUAAGAAGUUCCGAUUUAAGAUAUCGUCGUUUAGCUAUAGUUGAUAUAAUUAAAUCAAAUCCAAAUGAAAAUACAACAUUAAAUUGUCCAGAAACAUUAUUUCAAGUUAUUGAUUCAUUUUCAAAAUCAACGAAUAAAUAUCAUGUUAAUAUUCAUAAAAAAGAAUGGCCAUUAGGUUAUCUGGCUAUUACGAUUUUACUUCAUCUUCAUGAAUCUCAACAAAAUAAAGACUAA